CACUAGUACCCACUGGAUGCAAAAUGUCUUUUCUGAAAAGGUAAACAAAAUGUGCAAAUCGUGGCGAGUAAAGGCAACAAUACACAAAAACGGAGGUCCGGCAAGUCAGUCGGGAGUCAUUCCACCCAGGAUAUAAAAAGCCAGACUAAACACCCGAAAAUUAUUUGGAUGAACACGAGUUCGAGGCUGUUGCUUGUCAAGACACGAAAAUCAAUAAUUGAAUCAGCAAAUCAAAACACGGAUUCGCCCAGAUGCAAAAGCAGGCCCGCGAUAAAUUAUGCAAUUCUUGGAGCCAUUAACAACCCCCCUACCCCUCCCCACCGUUUCCGUUCUCGUUUUGGCCCCGUUUGCAGUUGAUGUAUUUAAAUUCAAAUGCUGAGUUGUUGUUGUGCUCACUACUGCCGUGAAUGUUGUAAUUGGUGCUCGGAAUCGCGAUGGAGCAGGAAAUCGGGACCUGGGACUCGGUGCUGCUGGAAAACCUGUCCGAGGAUAGUUUCAUAAACAACAUCCACCAGCGCUACAAGCGCGAUCACAUAUAUACCUACAUUGGAACUUCUGUUGUGGCUCUGAAUCCAUAUCAUCACAUAUCCGAGCAUUCGCUGGAAAAUGUCCGCAACUAUGGCGACAAGGGCAUAUUUCAGUUACCGCCUCACAUCUAUGGCCUUACCAAUCUGGCCUACCAGUCGCUCAAGGAUCAAAGCGAGGACCAGUGUGUACUUCUUACUGGCGAGAGUGGAGCGGGCAAGACGGAGACCUUCAAAAUGAUCGUGAACUUUCUGACCCACAUUCAGGAUCGAUCGCACUGCCCUGCAACCCCAAAUGUCCUGCGCAAGCAGUCUUCGACCAGCUCGGCUGGCGGUUUAGUGCCGCAUGCCCACAGGCGCGCCUCCAGCAGCUGCUCAGGCACCGCCAACUUUAUCAUAUGCAAGAACAGGGCGGAAAAUCCGCAAGCCACUAUUUCGCGGCGUCAGAGUCCUUCGCCAGGACCCUCACAGCGUUCGCGGACGCGGGCCGAAAGCAUCGAACGCCAAACCAGACGCCAUAUGCGCGAGAAAAUCGUCGACUUCGACUUUUCGCACCACAAGAGCAGCGAGAAUAUUAGCAACCUUCUGGAAUCGCAUGCCCACCAUUUGCAUCCGACCAAGUCGUGCUUUAAGCACCAGCAGACCCAAGUCAGCGCCUGCACUGCCAUGUCCCCAGCCGCCAAGGGUUCACCCAAGUAUGCUGUGCCCUCCGCCUACGGCGGCUGUCGCCAGUGCGGCCACAGUAAAUGCGUCCGUGCCCAGAGCCUGGAAAAGGAGGAGCGGGAUGAGAUGCGAGGCAGCAACUGCCGCUUGUCCAACAUAGCCACCGCCACUGCCCACCCGGCGCAUCCACAUCGCGGGAGCUGCUCCAACCUGAUGCGCCAGCACUCGACUGAGAGCCAGCCGGAACGGGAAAGGGAUCGAAGCUCUUUGAUGGGGUCCACGCAACGUAUUUCGCUGUACGAUGCACACAAGCUGAGCAAAGUCCUGGGCGAACUGCCGCCUCCGCCGCCCAGCUCCGUUUCGCCUACACCCUCGGCCAGCUCGUCGUUGCACAGACGCCAUAAGUCGCCCACGCAAAGGAUGCGCGAGUGCGUCACCUGUGCUGAUGUGUUCCUGGAAGCCAUGGGCAAUGCCUGCACGCUGAAGAACAACAAUUCCAGCCGUUAUGGGAAAUUAUUUGAUAUCGAAAUCGAUUUUAAGGGCGACCCAAUGGGAGUGCACAUAACCCACUAUAUGUUGGAAAAGACCCGUAUAACGGACACUACUAUUGGAGAGCGAAACUUUCACAUAUUUUACCAGUUACUAUUAGGGGCUGAUCUCCAGUUGCUAAAAUCGCUCAAACUGUAUCGGAAUGUGGAGAAGUACGAGCUUCUACGCAAUACAACUGCCAUGGAGGAGGAUCGCAUGAAUUUUCAUUACACCAAGCGGUCUUUGGAUGUUCUGGGCCUUAGCUGUGAAGAAAGCAGUUCCAUUUUUCGGGUCAUCGCUGUGGUGCUAAAAUUGGGAAACUUUAUUUUCGUGCCUAUUACCAACAUUGAUGGAACCGAGGGUUGUCAGGUGUCCAAUGUUUACGAGGUUCAAGAGACAGCACAGCUUCUCAAUAUAGAAGCCCAAAUUCUGAUAAACUGUUUGACCAGAGCCAAUAGCUCUAACAGCGCUCAAGAAGAUGUGGGCUGUGAAAUGGAUGCCAGACAGGCGGCAACCAACCGGAACACACUCUGUCGAACUCUUUACAGUCGUCUCUUCACUUGGCUGGUAAACAAAAUUAAUGAGUCCCUUAAAUCGACACAGCGGGAGAAAAACCUGGCGCUCCUGGAUUUUUAUGGAUUCGAAGUGCUAGAGCACAACUCCUUCGAGCAGUUUGCCAUUAACUACAGCGCAGAGAAGAUUCAUCAGAAUUUUGUUUUUCAUGUUUUGCGCUCAGAACAAGAGCUCUACAUCCGCGAGGGAUUGGAAUGGUCACGGAUUGACUAUUUUGACAACGAAUCAAUUUGCGAGCUGAUAGACAAGCCCAGCUAUGGCAUCCUGAGUUUGAUCAAUGAGUCCCAUUUAAAUAGCAAUGAGGCUCUGCUCUUGCGAGUUCAGCAAUGUUGUGCGGGGCAUCCAAACUUUAUGACCACCGGCAGCAACUCCAUGUGCUUUCAAAUUCGGCACUUUGCAAGUGUGGUGAAUUACUCAAUACAUCGGUUCCUUGAAAAGAACUCGGAUAUGCUGCCAAAGUACAUCAGUGCUGCCUUUUACCAGAGCAAACUUUCCCUUGUGCAAAGCCUCUUCCCCGAGGGAAAUCCAAGACGACAGGUCACCAAGAAACCGAGCACGCUGAGCUCAAACAUUCGCACCCAGCUGCAGACGUUACUGGCUAUCGUGAAGCAUCGUCGUUCCCACUAUGUGUUCUGCAUCAAGCCGAACGAGCUCAAGCAGCCGCAUCAGUUUGAUAUGGCGCUGGUGCAGCACCAGGUGCGGUACAUGUCGCUGAUGCCACUGGUCCACCUGUGUCGCACUGGCCACUGUUACCACCUUCUGCACGUUAAGUUCUUUCACCGCUACAAGCUACUCAACAGCCUCACUUGGCCCCACUUUCACGGCGGCAGUCAGGUCGAGGGCAUUGCUCUGAUCAUCCGCAACCUGCCGCUGCCUUCGGCGGAGUUUACGAUCGGUACCAAAAAUGUGUUCGUGCGCAGUCCGCGCACCGUUUUCGAGCUAGAGCAGUUCCGCCGCCUGCGAAUCAGCGAACUGGCUGUGCUUAUCCAGAAAAUGUUCCGUAUGUACCAUGCGAGAAAGCGAUUCCAGAGGAUGCGGCAUAGCCAGAUGAUCAUCUCGAGUGCCUGGCGCACGUGGCGGGCCCGCGAAGAAUAUCGGUCCUUAAAGUACAAACGACAAGUUAAAUGGGCGAUUGACGUGAUAGGUCGUUACUAUCGUCAGUGGAAAAUUCGACAGUUUCUGUUGACGAUUCCCCUGCGGCUGCCACCCAACACGCUGAGUCCACUCUCCACAGAAUGGCCAGCGGCGCCUGUUUUCCUCGCUGAUGCCUCGCGACAGCUGAGGUCUAUUUACCAUCGCUGGAAGUGUUAUAUCUACCGAAACUCCUUUGAUCAGACAGCGCGGAAUCGGAUGCGAGAGAAGGUCACCGCUAGUAUCAUAUUUAAGGAUCGGAAAGCCUCCUAUGCAAGAAGUGUGGGACAUCCAUUUGUGGGGGACUAUGUGCGAUUGCGGCACAAUCAGCAGUGGAAGAAAAUCUGUGCUGAGACCAACGAUCAGUAUGUGGUCUUUGCAGAUAUAAUCAAUAAAAUAGCACGCUCCAGCGGCAAGUUUGUGCCCAUUUUGCUGGUAUUGUCCACGUCGUCGCUACUUCUCUUGGACCAGCGAACCCUGCAGAUUAAGUACAGAGUGCCUGCAUCGGAGAUUUACCGGAUGUCUCUGAGCCCCUACUUGGAUGACAUUGCUGUGUUUCACGUGAAGGCGUCUGAGUUUGGACGAAAGAAAGGAGAUUUCGUGUUUCAAACGGGUCAUGUUAUUGAAAUCGUUACCAAAAUGUUUCUAGUCAUUCAAAAUGCCACUGGCAAACCGCCCGAGAUACACAUAAGCACCGAAUUUGAAGCAAAUUUUGGCCAGCAGACUGUCAUCUUCUCGUUCAAAUACGGCGGAAUGUCGGACUUAGCACAAGGCCCACCCAAGGUCACGCGCAAGGCGAACCGCAUGGAGAUAAUUGUGUGAUCCACAGCAGAAUUGGAACCUAAUCAUGGCAGCUCAUUGAGUUUGCUACUAUCGUCUUCUUCGCCUUAGGCGAACUUUGGGUUCGGCGGUCCGUAUCCAUAAUUCUCACCAGUCAUCAUGCAAUUGCAAUUUCCAUUGCCCUUUGUUGUGGUUUGGGUCUCUCAACUUUUAUAUGGUCCCAGGGAUCAAAAUACAAUUUUAGCAAUAUAACACACUCUCACACACACCCACACACACACUCAAACAUAGAAAAACAAUUUAGUUUUGUUCACACGUGACAAUCAGAGUUACCAAUUUGUUGUCAGGAUUGUGCCAAGAAAACGUAGAAAAAGAAUGAGCGAGCUAAUUUUAAAAUGCACCGUUUUAUUUAAGUAUGUAACUAAAAGUUAAAGCGAACGAAACUAACGAAGUGAACAACUGAAUUUAUGCAUCUAAUUUGUCGAGUUUAGGUUUAAGUGUAAGUCAUGCACCAAGUCGAUUAGCAUUGCAACAAUAAGUACGUACUGUAAGAAGGCACAGAUUAUGCACCGCUCGGAAUUAUAAAAAAAAGAGCAGGAGCAAAUGCAGGUGCUGGAUAAGCAGUGUUUGGGAUUUUACACAAACUAUGAUAUUUCCGUUAUAGAAACCAAGGCAUUUCUCUUACAUUUAAGGUUUCAUACACAAUAAUUAGUGAACUAAUGCUAGAGAACAGACAUAUAAACCUCUUUAUAUACCGGAAACACAAAUGAACCCAAUAUAUGCAAUUUGCAGCGACUUUGCGAAAAAAAGACAACUUUUCCCAAACAAAAAACCAAAAAAAUGUUAAACAACUAUUUACAAAGCAGAGCAGAUGAGUAGUUAAAUAUUUCAAAUAAAUAAAUAUAUAUAUAUUAUAUAUGUAUACACCAUACGAAAUCAAUAAUGAGUAUAUAUAAAAGCGACAACAAUAUGGAAAAAAAAUCAGAAGUCAAGUUUGUUAAAAGUUGAGAACGAAUGUAUGUAGUUAUUUAUAUAAAACUUGUUAUUGAUAGUUCGGAAAUCUCACGUAAUUCGAGCUGGUGGUGCGUUUUCCAAGCUCCAGCGAUGUCACAGAGCAUCUGCGACGUUCGAGUUCCAAAAGUUUUUAUUUGUAUUUAAGUUUUAAGCGAAUACUUCGAAAGAAAAGCCAAAUAUGAGUAAAUCGAAACCCAACCAGUUGGUAGUUUAUAAAACAAAGUUUAGCAAUAAUAAAACAUACACAUAGUAAA